AUCAUCAGACAUCCUCACCCUCUGCAACAAGCUUUGCACCUGCAACUGCAUCUCCCACGAGACUGGUUUUUAAAACCACCCUCUCUCCUACUCCACCACCCUUUCUCUGGUCUUUACGCUCCUCAUUGAUCUUCCACCACUCACAACACUCUCACACACCCGCCCACCAUGAACGGGGCUCAAUUUACAGACCGUGCCAACAAGACUCUGCUGGACGCCAGCAAUCUGGCAGAGCAAUACUCUCACUCGCAAAUCCUCCCCAUCCACCUCGCUGUCUCCCUCCUCAAUCCCGCCCCAGAUGAGUCCAAGGACCAACAGGCCACCGCCCACCCCUCCCACGACACCUCCUCCGCCCCGCUCUUCCGCCAGGUCGUUGAACGCGCCCAUGGCGACCCGCAGCUCCUCGAACGCUCCCUUAUGAAGCUGCUCGUCCGCCUCCCCAGCCAGGAUCCUCCCCCGGAGACCGUCAGCGUCUCCCCCGCCCUCGCCAAGGUUCUCCGCGCCGCCACCGAACUGUCCAAGACCCAGAAGGACAGCUUUGUCGCCAUCGACCACCUCAUCCUCGCGGCCGUGCAGGACUCCCAGGUGCAGCGCGCCUUGGCCGAUGCCAAUGUGCCCAACGUCAAGUUGAUCGACGGCGCCGUGCAGCAGAUCCGAGGCACAAAGCGCGUCGACUCGAAGACUGCCGACUCCGAGGGUGAGAACGAAAACCUCAAGAAAUUCACCAUCGACAUGACCUCCCUGGCGCGCGAGGGCAAGAUCGACCCCGUCAUUGGUCGAGAGGAAGAGAUCCGCCGCGUGAUCCGCAUUCUCAGUCGGCGCACCAAGAACAACCCCGUCCUCAUCGGUGAGCCGGGUGUCGGAAAGACCACCAUCGUCGAAGGGCUGGCCCGUCGGAUCGUGAACGCAGACAUCCCCGCCAACCUGGCUCAGUGCCGGCUGCUCUCGCUUGAUGUCGGCUCGCUGGUCGCCGGCAGCAAGUACCGCGGUGAAUUCGAAGAGCGCAUGAAGGGCGUCCUGAAGGAGAUCGAAGAUUCCAAAGACACCAUCGUUCUGUUCGUCGACGAAAUCCACCUGCUCAUGGGUGCUGGCUCCAGCGGCGAAGGUGGAAUGGAUGCCGCCAACCUCCUGAAGCCGAUGCUGGCUCGGGGCCAGCUCCACUGCAUCGGUGCAACGACUCUGGGCGAAUACCGCAAGUACAUCGAGAAGGACCAGGCCUUCGAGCGUCGAUUCCAACAGGUGCUCGUGAAGGAGCCUUCCGUGAACGAGACUAUUUCCAUCCUCCGUGGUCUCAAGGAGAAGUAUGAGGUGCACCACGGUGUCAACAUCCUCGACGGCGCCAUCGUUGCGUCGGCCAACCUGGCUGCCCGCUACUUGACGGCGCGUCGACUGCCUGACUCGGCCGUGGACCUGAUUGACGAAGCCGCCGCUGCCGUCCGAGUGACCCGCGAGUCCGAACCCGAAGCACUGGACAACCUCGAAAGAAAGCACCGGCAGCUCCAGAUUGAGAUCCACGCGCUCGAGCGCGAGAAGGACGAUGCCUCCAAGGCUCGCCUGCAGCUCGCCAAGCAGGAAGCGGCCAACGUCUCCGAGGAGCUGCGGCCGAUGCGCGAGAAAUACGAGAGCGAGAAGGCCCGCAGCAAAUCGAUCCAGGAUGCCAAGAUCAAGCUGGACUCCCUCAAAGUCAAGCGAGACGAGGCAGAGCGCUCCGGAGACACCCAAACCGCGGCCGACCUCGGGUACUACGCCAUCCCCGAGACCGAGAAACUCAUCCUCAGGCUGGAACACGAACGCGCCAAGGCUGACCAGGAACGCCAGGCGCGCCAGGGCGAUGAGGGCGAGGCCUUGCUCGCCGACGCUGUCGGCCCCGAUCAGAUCAACGAGAUCGUGGCCCGCUGGACCGGUAUCCCAGUGACGCGGCUCAGAACCACCGAGAAAGACAAGCUGCUACACAUGGAGAAGUCCCUGGGCAAGGUGGUCAUCGGCCAGCGGGAGGCCGUGGUAUCCGUCUCGAACGCCAUCCGACUCCAGCGCUUCCUCUUCUGCGGUCCCUCCGGCACCGGUAAGACCUUGCUGACCAAGGCCCUGGCCGAGUUCCUCUUCGACGACCCCAAGGCCAUGAUCCGCUUCGACAUGUCCGAAUACCAGGAGCGGCACGCCCUCAGCCGCAUGAUCGGCGCGCCCCCGGGAUACGUCGGCCACGACGCGGGCGGCCAGCUGACCGAGAGCCUCCGCCGGCGGCCCUUCUCCAUCCUGCUCUUCGACGAGGUUGAGAAAGCCGCCAAGGAGGUGCUGACCGUGCUCCUCCAACUCAUGGACGACGGUCGCAUCACCGAUGGCCAGGGCAGAAUCGUCGACGCCAAGAACUGCAUCGUGGUCAUGACCUCCAACCUGGGCGCCGAAUACCUCACCGGCCCCCCCACCAAGGACGGCCGCAUCGACCCCCAGAGCCGCGAGAAUGUCCUGAACGCCCUCCGCAACUACUUCCUGCCCGAGUUCUUGAACCGCAUCUCCAGCACCGUCAUCUUCAACCGUCUCACCCGGCGCGAGAUCCGCAAUAUCGUCGACCUCCGCCUCGCCGAGGUCCAGAAGCGUCUGCAACACAACAACCGCAAUAUCACAAUCGAUUGCUCCGAUGAAGUCAAGGAUUACCUCGGUGAAGCCGGUUACUCGCCAGCCUACGGCGCCCGUCCGCUCGCCCGCAUCAUCGAGCGCGAGGUCCUCAAUCGCCUCGCUGUGCAUAUCCUGCGCGGCAGCAUCCGCGAAGGCGAGGUCGCUAGCGUGAUCAUGCACGAUGGUCGCAUCGAUGUCUUGCCCAACCAUACCGAGGCGUCGGAUGAAGACUCCGACAUGAUAGACGAUGAAGAUGCCGUUGCUGAGAUGGAGGACGGUAACGGUGAUAUGGACCUGUAUGAUGAGUAGACGGCCGGUCGGGUCAUCUACCGUCUAUACAGACACAAAAGUUGAUCAUUUUUGGUGGCGAGCUAAGUUAUGACUGAUGAUAUAAUGAUUUGCUGAUUUUUCUUCUUUUUCCUGUUUACUUGCUUCCUUUCUGUGUUUGUUUCUUCAGCAUAUGUAUCCCUUGCAUUUCAUCUUGCGAUGAAUGAAUGACCUGCACAGUCAACAAAUCAUGUAUGUACAUGCAAUGCGCCUUUUGUACAUUCGAC